CAAAGUUUUGUUUGACUUUGAAAUGCGACGCGAUCAUUGAACUUGAUUUUCUGUUUCUUUUUCUAGGAUCAAAAAAUCUCACAAGUUUAUAAAAAUAAAUAUAAAGAAAGGCCUAAUUAUCAUUGGUACAGUCGGUGUAACUAGUAAAAAUUUUGACCCGGUUUUGAGUUUGCGUUAUAUUGUCUAUUCUUUACCUAUACGAUGCCGUUAGUUUAGCCUAAAAAGAUAGUUGUUUCUUGAUAGCUGCGUCCGCCACUUUCAGUAGAGCUGGUAGAAAAAUUGAAAAAUAUUGGAUAUUUUUUAAGUGCAUUUUUUUUAAGACGAACGUUAUUGAUUCGGCCCAAAGGCUUGGCCCGGCUAAUAUACGGACUAUACAUGGUUUAUAGGGAUCUUACGUGUUUUCUAUUGGUUCACUGAGUCAUAAAAGACAUAAGGACACAUUUUUUUAUUGGAAUUUUCCAAAUGACUGAACAUUUACAUACGCGUCUACAAUUUUUGAGAAAAGGUCAUCCGAUUUUUAAAGUGAUUUUACUAUGAAAUGAAAGCAACAACGAUUUAUAGGUGUGUACAGUGUUUUGUGAAAUGUGUCGUUUUUUAAAACGCGAACUAUGAAGUUAUUAAAAAGAAUCUGAAAAAAAGCUGCAAGUAUUAUCGAUUUUUUUUUCAAUAUUUCCGAGUUGUUUUCGAUGUGUUUAUCAAUAAUACAAUCGUAUUUUAUGGUGUAAACUCAAAAAUUCAGUUUGUUUGGAAAACAUAACCAAAAAAAAUCGUGAAAAUGUUACCUCAACAAUAUUGUUUGCGAUGGAGAUACCAUCAUUCCAAUUUACAAACGAUGUUUUCUCAACUUUUGGAACGUGAAGCAUUCUGUGAUGUUACUUUAGCUUGCGAAGGGAGAACAAUAAAGGCUCACAAGAUUGUUUUGUCAGCUUGUAGCACGUAUUUUGAAACGAUACUAUCUCAGUACGAAGAAAAGGAUCCAAUACUUAUCAUGAAAGAUGUAAAAUAUAUAGAUAUUAAAUGUUUAGUCGAAUUCAUGUACAAAGGAGAAAUUAAUGUUGAACAUUGUCAUCUUGCCACGUUAUUAAAAACAGCCGAAGAACUCAGGAUAAAGGGUUUGGCGGAAGUUUCUUGGAGAGAUGAAGAACAAACCAGUAAUAACGACACUAGUUCGAAUGGGGUACAAACAGCAAUACCCCAAGUGCAAACAGUUAUGCCGAAUAGCCCGACUUCGUCCCUUAAACGAAAAAGAGGCCGUCCCCCCAUCGACGAUUACGACCAAACAUUCACAACACCUAAAAUCAUGACAGUAUCAGGUGGAACGACCAAUCAAGACGACGCUUAUUCCAAUGAUGCGAUGUCGAGCAGCGAACAUGACUUGAAUAUAUGGGAUGAGGAUCAAUCUGCGAACGAGGGAGCAGAUAAUACGGAAACGGAAGAUCCCCCGGUAAAAAUUAAAAAAGAGUCCAACGAUGAAGAUGAAGUAACAAUCGACGAUAGGAGCAAUACUUCGUUUUCGGCAAACGAAUCUAAAGAGAAAUUGAACGUAGGAUCGUUUAAUAAAUCUUCUACGUCGAAUUCUAAUGUUACUACAUCCGGAAAUCAAUCGUUCCUUACACCAGCUCUGGAAAAAGAGUGGCCGGACGUUAUUAAAAUGAACGAUUAUUUGAAUACAGGUAGGAGACAGCAGUUUUGGGAGGAACCGUUCACUAAAAGAGUAAUGGACGCGAUUAAAACGAAAAACUUGGAGAUGAAAGUCGCCGCAGAACUAUUAGGAGUGUCCUACGGUACUUUAUACGGUCGGUACAGGGAUUCGUAUGGGUGUUUGAAACAUCCUUACAGGGUACGCGAUUUUUGGACGGAGCAAGGCCCCACUGACGUUCUAUUGAAAUUGAAGCGUAAAGAAAUUACGCUAUUUAGAGCAGCGGAACAAUUGAAUGUUACGCCGCAAACUUUGUCGAAUUAUUUGAUUUCUAUGUCGCAAAUGGACACCAGUGACGCUAAUUCGAGCAGGCAAUCGGUUGCUGGGGAAUCUUAUGAUGAUUCCGAUGACGAAAACGAUUCCGUUCUGCCGGAUGUACCUUCGAAUAAUUCCAACGUUUUUAAAAAUUUGGUAACGACCAGUAAUCCUAGUGGUACGUCGUCAUCAUUGGCAAACUGUCCCGAUAUAACAAUCGUUAAGAAAGAACGAAGCGAAGGAGGUAAAAUCAACAAUAACUCAGAUCAUUCCGAGAGCAACAGCGAUCAAAGUAAAUGAGAACAAGUCUCGUUUACUUAUUAUUAUUGAAAAAAAUAAAAUUCCACUUAUUAGUAUUUUGUAAAGACCAAAGUAAUUUUGUACUGUAUUUAGUUGUUAUAUAAGUAGAGAGUUUUGUAUACAAAACGACGAAAUUUAAAAGAAAAAUGUCGAAAUCAAAAUGGACGAUUUCUAAUGUUGAGUUACGUCGUUUUGAAUCUUCAACUGAAUACGAUUAAAAAGAAAUAUAAAGUAGUGAUAUGGUGAAAAUACCAAAAUAAUUUUUGUAAAGUAAAAAAUUCGCGAAAGGGGGAUCAACUAUAACAUUAUUUUAAUUAUUUUACGAGAUAUCUAAUAUCGAAUACGGUGGGAUACAAUCCCUUCAAUUAAAUUUUUAGGUUAUUUUUGCUAUUGUGAUUAUUUAUAUUUUUCAAAAUUUUUAUUUACCGUCCUUUUUUUUAUCAAAAUCCACCCGUCCACUUUGUUGAUACCGUUAUUUAUUUAUAUAUAUAUUUCUUUUAUAAAAAAUCAAAUUUUCGAUCGAAACAUAGCAAGUGGCUUUUUUAAUAAAAUCCUUUAAGAUUUGAUUCAUUCGGUGACUUUUUUAAACAAGAUUUUUUGUAAAAUUAAUACGAGGGUUGGUCAAUCAAAUAAGAUUUGAUAUCAAAUAUUUUUUGAUAUCUGUACAGUUCGUUCUGAAGGUUCUCUAAUUCGUUUACCUUUUUUUUUUUAAAAUAACUAUUUUUGAGGUAAUCGUAAUUUUAAUACUUUAAAUUUUGAAAAACCCGGACUUUAUUUUGCUUUUUUCUUUUUUGAGUAUUACUUAAUACUUAAUAAGCUAUUAUAUCAUUUCGAGGUUAGUCAAGGUUGAUUAUACCGGGUGCGAUCAGAAAAUAAUCGACUUUAACCUGAUCCAUCGACAUCUGACACCUUAUAGGGGAUUUUGUGUGCCUAGAACGUAAAUAAAAUGUCGUAGCUUGUCAAUAUUUUUACAGGAGGCUUAUAAUUGGCGCGGUAUGUAUUGAUUCACCCUCAUAAUUUUAAUAUUUUUACGAACCUGGAUUUUAUUUGUUUUCCUUUACUGUCCAACAGAUUUUUAUAGUUUAAUAUGUUGAUCCCUUUUUGUGGUAACGUUUUUUUUUAAAUAAAAUAAAAAAGAAGUAGAUUUACCCAUUGGCAAUGGUAGAGUAGAAUUAGGAACAUAUCACUGGUCCUAGCCGGACAGUCUUCUGCACUGACUUUAAUAUUGCAGUCCUAUUUAUAGUGCUUUACAUAUAAAUUCCGUAUUAAUCAAAUUUUACAUAUUUUUUUGUCGUUUUUUUUUAAAUAUAUGACAAUAGCAUGUUUGUUUCAACAUUUGUCGGAGAUUUUCGACGAAAUUUGGAUUAUUUUCGAUAUCAAGUGACAAAAUUGAUGAUCAAGUUGUGACGUUUGGUUUUUACGGGAUGUUUCUGUAAGUAGAUGAUUAAGGGUGAAAGGGGGUAAUCGAAAGUGAAUGAUAAUGUUGUGAAAACAAAAAAUAAUUCAUAGCAACUUUUUUUAUAUGAUUUUUUCAAGUUUACGUGAUUUUUUAGCCUCAUUUAUAUAUAAAAAAAAGUAUAUUAAGUCCAAAUGGAUGUAUCUUAUCUAAGAUUCCGUUAUUUAUUGCUCAAAUUAUUAUUUUUUAAUUAUUGUGAGGUAUGGAUUACAAAUUUUUAGCCUCUUUUAAUAAUUUUGAGGCUUUUUGUUAAUAUUACUUCUCUAAUAUUUUUCAUUUAACUUUAUUUUUGGUCCAUUGCAAGUUGUCUCGCUAGUUUUUUUACUGUAAAUAUUGAUUAUGAGGCUUUGGUUUGUGUACUUUUAGCCUCAUUUAAUAAAUUUGAGGCUUUUUGUUAAUAUUGCGUCUUUAAUAUUUUAUAAAAUUCCCUAAAACUUUAUUUUUGGUCCACUGCAACUUGUCUCGGUAGUUUUUUUGCUAUAAAUAUUGAUUUUGAGGCUAAGUUUAUAAAUUUUUAGCCUCAUUUAAUAACUUUGAGGCUUUUUGUUAAUAUUGCAUCUCUAAUAUUUUUCAUUAAACUUUAUUUUUGUUACUUUGUAACUUUUCACGAUGGUUUUUGGCUAUAAAUGGUGAUUUUGAGGCUAAAUUUGCAAAUUUUUAGCCUCUUUUUUAAUAAUUUUGAGGCUUUUUCGUAAUAAUUCGUCUCUGAUAUUUUAUAAUAAUCAAUGAAACUUUAUCUUGGGUUCAUUGAACUUUGUCUCAACUUUUUUUGUUAUAAAUAUUAAUUGUGAGGCUUGGUUUGUAAAUUUUUACCCUCAAAUGAUAAUUUUGAGGUUAUUUUUAGAUAAAUUUUAUCUAUAAUAUUUAAAUAUGCAAUAUUUUUGGUCAUUUUUGAAUUGUUCUAGUAAUUUUUCAUUUGAAACAUUCAUUUUAAAUACUUUAAAUUGUAGUUUGCAGUUUAUUAGCCUCAAUUAAUAAUUUUCAAGUUUUUUCAACAAAAUUUAUUCUAUAAUAGUUCGGUGAAUAUUUUCACUCUUAUUUCAACAAUUUUUACUAAAAACAAUCAAUUUUUGAAUAUUGUAACAUAAAUUUUACGAAUUAUUAGCCCCAAUUAACAAUUUCAAAGGUUUAUCGACGAAAUUCAUUCAGUUAUAGGUUGUUCGACAUUAAUUUUGGACUAGUUAGACACGUUUCGACUAGUAGGUCAACAAUUUUUACUAAAAAUAAACAUUUUUGAAUAUUGUAACAUAAAUUUUACGAAUUAUUAGCCCCAAUUAACAAUUUCAAAGGUUUAUCGACGAAAUUCAUUCAGUUAUAGGUUGUUCGACAUUAAUUUUGGACUAGUUAGACACGUUUCGACUAGUAGGUCAACAAUUUUUACUAAAAAUAAACAUUUUUGAAUAUUGUAACAUAAAUUUUACGAAUUAUUAGCCCCAAUUAACAAUUUCAAAGGUUUAUCGACGAAAUUCAUUCAGUUAUAGGUUGUUCGACAUUAAUUUUGGACUAGUUAGACACGUUUCGACUAGUAGGUCAACAAUUUUUACUAAAAAUAAACAUUUUCGAAUAUUGUAACAUAAAUUUUACGAAUUAUUAGCCCCAAUUAACAAUUUCAAAGGUUUAUAGACGAAAUUCAUUCAGUUAUAGGUUGUUCGACAUUAAUUUUGGACUAGUUAGACACGUUUCGACUAGUAUGUCAACAAUUUUUACUAAAAAUAAACAUUUUCGAAUAUUGUAACAUAAAUUUUACGAAUUAUUAGCCCCAAUUAACAAUUUCAAAGGUUUAUCGACGAAAUUCAUUCAGUUAUAGGUUGUUCGACAUUAAUUUUGGACUAGUUAGACACGUUUCGACUAGUAUGUCAACAAUUUUUACUAAAAAUAAACAUUUUCGAAUAUUGUAACAUAAAUUUUACGAAUUAUUAGCCCCAAUUAACAAUUUCAAAGGUUUAUCGUCGAAAUUCAUUCAGUUAUAGGUUGUUCGACAUUAAUUUUGGACUAGUUAGACACGUUUCGACUAGUAUGUCAACAAUUUUUACUAAAAAUAAACAUUUUCGAAUAUUGUAACAUAAAUUUUACGAAUUAUUAGCCCCAAUUAACAAUUUCAAAGGUUUCUCGACGAAAUUCAUUCAGUUAUAGGUUGUUCGACAUUAAUUUUGGACUAGUUAGACACGUUUCGACUAGUAGGUCAACAAUUUUUACUAAAAAUAAACAUUUUUGAAUAUUGUAACAUAAAUUUUACGAAUUAUUAGCCCCAAUUAACAAUUUCAAAGGUUUAUCGACGAAAUUCAUUCAGUUAUAGGUUGUUCGACAUUAAUUUUGGACUAGUUAGACACGUUUCGACUAGUAGGUCAACAAUUUUUACUAAAAAUAAACAUUUUUGAAUAUUGUAACAUAAAUUUUACGAAUUAUUAGCCCCAAUUAACAAUUUCAAAGGUUUAUCGACGAAAUUCAUUCAGUUAUAGGUUGUUCGACAUUAAUUUUGGACUAGUUAGACACGUUUCGACUAGUAGGUCAACAAUUUUUACUAAAAAUAAACAUUUUUGAAUAUUGUAACAUAAAUUUUACGAAUUAUUAGCCCCAAUUAACAAUUUCAAAGGUUUAUCGACGAAAUUCAUUCAGUUAUAGGUUGUUCGACAUUAAUUUUGGACUAGUUAGACACGUUUCGACUAGUAUGUCAACAAUUUUUACUAAAAAUAAACAUUUUCGAAUAUUGUAACAUAAAUUUUACGAAUUAUUAGCCCCAAUUAACAAUUUCAAAGGUUUAUAGACGAAAUUCAUUCAGUUAUAGGUUGUUCGACAUUAAUUUUGGACUAGUUAGACACGUUUCGACUAGUAUGUCAACAAUUUUUACUAAAAAUAAACAUUUUCGAAUAUUGUAACAUAAAUUUUACGAAUUAUUAGCCCCAAUUAACAAUUUCAAAGGUUUCUCGACGAAAUUCAUUCAGUUAUAGGUUGUUCGACAUUAAUUUUGGACUAGUUAGACACGUUUCGACUAGUAGGUCAACAAUUUUUACUAAAAAUAAACAUUUUUGAAUAUUGUAACAUAAAUUUUACGAAUUAUUAGCCCCAAUUAACAAUUUCAAAGGUUUAUCGACGAAAUUCAUUCAGUUAUAGGUUGUUCGACAUUAAUUUUGGACUAGUUAGACACGUUUCGACUAGUAGGUCAACAAUUUUUACUAAAAAUAAACAUUUUUGAAUAUUGUAACAUAAAUUUUACGAAUUAUUAGCCCCAAUUAACAAUUUCAAAGGUUUAUCGACGAAAUUCAUUCAGUUAUAGGUUGUUCGACAUUAAUUUUGGACUAGUUAGACACGUUUCGACUAGUAGGUCAACAAUUUUUACUAAAAAUAAACAUUUUUGAAUAUUGUAACAUAAAUUUUACGAAUUAUUAGCCCCAAUUAACAAUUUCAAAGGUUUAUCGACGAAAUUCAUUCAGUUAUAGGUUGUUCGACAUUAAUUUUGGACUAGUUAGACACGUUUCGACUAGUAGGUCAACAAUUUUUACUAAAAAUAAACAUUUUCGAAUAUUGUAACAUAAAUUUUACGAAUUAUUAGCCCCAAUUAACAAUUUCAAAGGUUUAUAGACGAAAUUCAUUCAGUUAUAGGUUGUUCGACAUUAAUUUUGGACUAGUUAGACACGUUUCGACUAGUAUGUCAACAAUUUUUACUAAAAAUAAACAUUUUCGAAUAUUGUAACAUAAAUUUUACGAAUUAUUAGCCCCAAUUAACAAUUUCAAAGGUUUAUAGACGAAAUUCAUUCAGUUAUAGGUUGUUCGACAUUAAUUUUGGACUAGUUAGACACGUUUCGACUAGUAGGUCAACAAUUUUUACUAAAAAUAAACAUUUUCGAAUAUUGUAACAUAAAUUUUACGAAUUAUUAGCCCCAAUUAACAAUUUCAAAGGUUUAUAGACGAAAUUCAUUCAGUUAUAGGUUGUUCGACAUUAAUUUUGGACUAGUUAGACACGUUUCGACUAGUAUGUCAACAAUUUUUACUAAAAAUAAACAUUUUCGAAUAUUGUAACAUAAAUUUUACGAAUUAUUAGCCCCAAUUAACAAUUUCAAAGGUUUAUCGACGAAAUUCAUUCAGUUAUAGAUUAUUUAACAGUAUAUUCAUUCAAACCUGACAUAAAUUGACUUUUAUUUAAAAAAUUUCAAGUCAUAAAUAUUAUUUUGAAUACUUUGAGGUUAAGUUUUGCGAAUUUUUAGUCUCUUUCGAAUAAUUUUACUAAAAUACCCCCGCUAAUAUUCCAUUUUAAGUUACUUCAGUGUAUUUCAAAAUAUUUUCAACUUUCGCAGUUCGAAUCGAAGACUUAUAUAUAUAUAAAAAAAAAAAAUUUAUCAUCCACUUACGAUUACCAAUUUAUUUUUUUAUAAUUAUUUUAAACAGAAAUCACCCUCUAUAUAAUAACACAAUCUAUUUGCUCCACUCUCAGUAUUUGUAAUAUGUGUGUAUUAUCGUUAUGGGUAUUUUUAUCCCAUAUACCCAUAGAAAGUGUCUGGAAAAAAAAAACGAUCCCCCCUCCCUUAUUUUUUGUUCCACGUACGUCGAAUUUAUUUGUAUUUUUUUAACGAAAAAUAAAAUAGGUUAAUCGAUUCCAAGUGAGGCGAAAAUUACCAUCACACCGUAUAAAUAUAUACCCAGUGAUCGAAUAUUUAGUUGUAUCGAAGCUAGUUGGAAUGCAGGUGGAUUCGACGGGGUUAUUUUGAAAAUCGUUUUUUGCAGACAGGUCCUUUCGGUAGAAUAAUGAUUUUUUUUUUAAAAUAUAAGUAUAUUAUUUAUGUAUACCUUAAUAUUAAAGAAAAAAAAAAAAGAAAAAUGUAGGUUAUAGGUACGGACUUUGUCAUAUAUUUGUAUUAAAGUUUGACAAAAAUGCUUUCCUAUUAUACAAUUUAUAUUUAUACAGUUUAUUAUUUGUAUUUUAUCUUUUAAAAAGAAAAAAAAAUGAGUUUUAUGGUACAAUUAUAGUCGGUUCAUCGAAAUCCGUCGAUUUUUGUUAAUUUUUAGAAUAUGGAUGCGUUAUUUUUUUUAAAAAUAUCUUUUAUUCGGUAUAUUUUUAACGAGAUUUAUCAAUUUUUUUAAGUAAAAUCCAGUUUACGGCUCCUUUUACCCCUAUUUGAGGUGUUAAUGAGAGUUUUUUGUCAUAUGAAUGACAUUAACACCUAAUCUGUCAUUUUGAUUCCGAUAGUUUCUUCCUAUGUCCUUUUUUUUUUAAAGAAUAAACUUGAUCCUUAUCCUUUUCAAUGGAUUCAACGAAUUCUAUCCCUUUUUGAGAUGUUAAUCACCCUUUUUUGUCAUAUAGAUGACAUUAACACCUACCAAUAUCAAGCUAUCAGUCAUUUUAGGCCCGUUGGUCUCUUUUUAUUUCAAUUUUAUCAAGAAAUUCUAAUUUUUAUCGUUUUCAAUGAAUUCACCGAAUUUCUACUACUCUUUGAGGUGUUAAUGAGUGUUUUUGGUCAUAUUAAUGACAUUAACACUAUACAAAAUUAAAUUGUCAAGCAUUUUGAGUCUGCCGAUGGAUCCAGUAUGUCAAAAAAACUAAUUUUUGUUCUUUUCUAUAAAUUCAAAGCAUUUCUAUCCAUUUUUGAGGUGUUAAUGAGUGUUUUUUGCUAUUUAGGUGACAUUAACACCUACCAAUAUCAAGCUAUCAGUCAUUUUAAGUCUGUUGGUCUCUUUUUAUUUCAAUUUUAUAAAGAAAUUCCAAUUUUUAUCGUUUUCAAUGAAUUCACCGAAUUUCUACUACUCUUUGAGGUGUUAAUGAGUGUUUUUGGUCAUAUUAAUGACAUUAACACUAUACAAAAAUUAAACUGUCAAGCAUUUUGAGUCUGCCGAUGGAUCCAGUAUGUCAAAAAAACUAAUUUUCGUUCUUUUCUAUAAAUUCAAAGCAUUUCUAUCCAUUUUUGAGGUGUUAAUGAGUGUUUUUUGCUAUUUAGGUGACAUUAACACCUACCAAUAUCAAGCUAUCAGUCAUUUUAAGUCUGUUGGUCUCUUCUCAUUUCAAUUUUAUAAAGAAAUUCCAAUUUUUAUCGUUUUCAAUGAAUUCACCGAAUUUCUACUACUCUUUGAGGUGUUAAUGAGUGUUUUUGGUCAUAUUAAUGACAUUAACACUAUACAAAAAUUAAACUGUCAAGCAUUUUGAGUCUGCCGAUGGAUCCAGUAUGUCAAAAAAACUAAUUUUCGUUCUUUUCUAUAAAUUCAAAGCAUUUCUAUCCAUUUUUGAGGUGUUAAUGAGUGUUUUUUGCUAUUUAGGUGACAUUAACACCUACCAAUAUCAAACUAUCAAUCAUUUUAGGCCUGUUGGUCUCUUUUUAUUUCAAUUUUAUAAAGAAAUUCCAAUUUUUAUCGUUUUCAAUGGAUUCACCGAAUUUCUACUACUCUUUGGGGUGUUAAUGAGUGUUUUUGGUCAUAUUAAUGACAUUAACACUAUACAAAAUUAAAUUGUCAAGCAUUUUGAGUCUGCCGAUGGAUCCAGUAUGUCAAAAAAACUAAUUUUUGUUCUUUUCUAUAAAUUCAAAGCAUUUCUAUCCAUUUUUGAGGUGUUAAUGAGUGUUUUUUGCUAUUUAGGUGACAUUAACACCUACCAAUAUCAAACUAUCAGUCAUUUUAGGCCCGUUGGUCUCUUUUUAUUUCAAUUUUAUCAAGAAAUUCUAAUUUUUAUCGUUUUCAAUGAAUUCACCGAAUUUCUACUACUCUUUGAGGUGUUAAUGAGUGUUUUUGGUCAUAUUAAUGACAUUAACACUAUACAAAAAUUAAACUGUCAAGCAUUUUGAGUCUGCCGAUGGAUCCAGUAUGUCAAAAAAACUAAUUUUUGUUCUUUUCUAUAAAUUCAAAGCAUUUCUAUCCAUUUUUGAGGUGUUAAUGAGUGUUUUUUGCUAUUUAUGUGACAUUAACACCUACCAAUAUCAAACUAUCAGUCAUUUUAGGCCUGUUGGUCUCUUUUUAUUUCAAUUUUAUAAAGAAAUUCCAAUUUUUAUCGUUUUCAAUGGAUUCACCGAAUUUCUACUACUCUUUGGGGUGUUAAUGAGUGUUUUUGGUCAUAUUAAUGACAUUAACACUAUACAAAAUUAAAUUGUCAAGCAUUUUGAGUCUGCCGAUGGAUCCAGUAUGUCAAAAAAACUAAUUUUUGUUCUUUUCUAUAAAUUCAAAGCAUUUCUAUCCAUUUUUGAGGUGUUAAUGAGUGUUUUUUGCUAUUUAGGUGACAUUAACACCUACCAAUAUCAAACUAUCAGUCAUUUUAGGCCCGUUGGUCUCUUUUUAUUUCAAUUUUAUAAAGAAAUUCCAAUUUUUAUCGUUUUCAAUGAAUUCACCGAAUUUCUACUACUCUUUGAGGUGUUAAUGAGUGUUUUUGGUCAUAUUAAUGACAUUAACACCUAAUAGAAUCAAACUAUGAUCGAUUUUUGAUUUUCUAGUCUCUUCUUCCUUUCAAUUUGUUUAUUUUCCAGGAAUUCGUGAAUAUUCUAUCCCUUUUUGAGGUGUUAAUAAAUGUUUUGUGUCAUAUAGAUGACAUUAACACCUAACAGAAUCAAACUAUCAGUUAUUUCGAGUCUGCUAGUGCUUUCCAGCUUAUAUUUCUUCAAGGAAUCUCAAUUUUCAUCCUUUUCCAUCAACUCGAGGUGUUAAUGACCCUUUUUUUUCAUAUAAAUGACAUUAACACCUAAUGGUAUCGAACUAUUAGUCAUUUGGAGUCUGCUGGUACUUUCCAGGCUAAUAUCUGGUCAAGAAAUCCUCAUUAUUACACUUUCCAAUGAAUUCAAACAAUUUCUAUCCCUUCUUGAGGUGUUAAUGAACGUUUUUUGUCAUAUAAAUACCAUUAACACCAUACAAAACAGACAAUGGGAAUUAUUUUGCGUCCUUUAUCUUCUUCUUGUUCUUGCUAUGGUAUUUCUUCUAUAAAAACGUAGAAUUUGCAUCAUCGGAUUAGGUGUUAAUGUCAAUUACGUGUUUAUGAAAUAAAAAAAAUACCACACUUACCUUUUGUUGAUUUUUGUAGAGCCUUUGACACUCAUAUUUUAAAUACUGUCCGGAAACAAAUACAAACGACCCCAAAUUCUUUAAUAUGUAUAUAAAUUCAGUAUUAACGACUAUUUCGAUUGUACUAUAAAUUUGUAAUUAACUAAAUCUUCUUCCUCUUAUCGCAAUCGUUGAUCAAGUAACGCGUCGAACGUGUUGUUUAUUUCAGUAUUAAUUUUCCCGAAUUUUUCUUAAUCGGGAAAAUGAAAUUAUCCAAUAACAUAUUUUUAUUUUCGAUUUAAAAUCAAACGCCCAGUGAAACCCUGUGAUUUUUUUUAUCAAGUUUUCGAGGAAUAAGGUUUGGAAUAAUCGUUUUGUGGAAAUAAUACGCUGUUCGUUGUUCCAUUUAAGCUCCAAGCUUUCUUAAAGAAAAAUUACUCAAUUUUAUUGGAGUAGUUCAAAUGUACCAAUUCUCAUAUAUGUGUAUCGCCGGUUGCAAUUGAGUAGUUCAAAUGUACCAAUUUUUUUUAUAUACCCCAUAUAUUGGUAUCGCUAGUGCAAUACAGUAGUUCAAAUGUACCAAAUUAAUUUUUUUUUUACAGUUCUGUUUUCUGUAACAAAAACAUAUAAAAGCGUCUGAAAAAUAAGAAUAAUUAUACGGAAGGUCUCUUAUCAAUGUCAUUUUUUAUCGAAAAAAUCCUGUUGUGACAUAGACAAAACGAAGUAGUUCAAAUGUACCAAAGUUUGAUAUCAAAUUUGGAGUAAUUUGAUUGAUAUCGGCCGAUUUAUUGAAGUAGUUCUAAUGCAUCAAAUAAUUUUCGAAUUUUUCGUCGCCCAAACAGUACAAAUGACAUUUUUUUUUGUGAAAAUGCCUUUUUGCUUCAACAAAUAGAGCAAAGAUUCUCUUUAUUGAUCUGUAUCGUUGAAUGCUUCAAUGUUUUUGCAAAAAUGCUGUUCAACGUCAAGAGAAACUUUUAAACAAAACGAAGUAGUUCAAAUGUACCAAUUCUCAUGUACCUCAUAUAUUUGUAUCGCCGGUUGCAACUGAGUAGUUCAAAUGUACCAAUUUUUUUUAUACCCCAUAUAUUGGUAUCGCUAGUGCAAUACAGUAGUUCAAAUGUACCAAUUUUUUUACAGUUCUGUUUUGAAUAACAAAAACAUAUAAAAGGGUCUGAAAUUUUGGAGUAAUUUGAUUGAUAUCGGCCGAUUUAUUGAAGUAGUUCUAAUGUAUCAAAUAACUUUCGAAUUUUUCUUCGCCCAAACAGUACAAAUGACAUUUUUUUUGUGAAAAUGCCUUUUUGCUUCAACAAAUAGAGCAAAGAUUCAAUUUUACUGCAAAAAUGCUGUUCAACAAGAGAACCUUUUAAACAAAACGAAGUAGUUCGAAUGUACCAAUGUUUGGUUACAUUAUCAGAAAUUACUGAGUAUUUUGAUUGAUAUCGGGAGAUUCAUUGAAGUAGUUCAAUUGUAUUAACCAGAAAAAUUAUCUCCAUAGUUUCAUUUUCGAAUAUUUCUUCGCCCAAACAGUAUGAAUGGACUAUAACAAUAUUUUUGAAUUUUUUUUUUGUAAAAAUAUCUUUCUGUUUCAACAAAAUCACACGGAUUUAUCUUUAAUGACCUGUAUCGUUAGGAAAACUCCCAAAUAAAAUAAAGUAGUUCAAAUGUACUACUACUUUGUCUUGAUUUUAGGCCUUUUUUAACCGAAAUUUCUUUUAGAAAUAGACAUACUCUAAAAAGUAAAAAAUUGAAUAAAAUAAUUAGAUUUUUGAGUAAUUUUAUUAGCAUCGCCAAAUUCAUUAAAGUAGUUCAAAUGCACCAACACGAAUAAUUCACUUCAAACUUUGAUCCACAUUUUUUUUGUAAAGUAGUUCGAAUGUAUCAAUUUUUGUAACCAGAUUGGUAUCGCCGGAUUUAUUGAAUUAGUUCAAAUGUACCAAAUUGUUCGGCAUCAACAGAAACUCCUGGCCGACAUAAAGUAGUUCAAAUGUACCAAAGUAUUGAUAUCAAAUUUAGAGUUAUUCGAUUGGUAUCGUCAGAUUUCUUGAAGUAGUUCAAAUAUAACGACGACAAUAAUUCUCUUCAAACUUCAUUUUUCCCUCAAACUAUGAUAUUUUUCAAUUAUUUCUGUACCAACGAAAACAAAUAAUAAUUCUCCUCGAUAUCUCGUUGAAAGCUUCAAUUUUAUUGCAAUAAUACCGCUCAGCAUUAACACAAACUCUUGGACAGUAUAAAUUAGUUCAAAUGUACCGAAUUUCUGUCCAGCAUCACUGGAAACUCCUAGGCACAACGUAAAGUAGUUCAAACGUACCGAUAUCGAAUUUACAGUUAUUUAAUUGGUAUCGUUAGAUUUAUUAAAGUAGUUCAAAUGUACCAACACUCAUUUUACGAACAGCGUAUUCGAUUUCACGAAUUCAUAUUUAUCGAUCUGGUUUAACCGUAAUAAUAUAUUUGAUUUAAGAAAUGAUUUAUGUUGCAGGCAAUUUCGCAAUUUUUUUUAUUGCGAAAACGCCCGGCGACAUACCUCAUUAUACGUUUGACGUUUCCAAAUUUUUAUGUAGAUUUUUUAUUUAUUAAAAUUUUUUAUAAAAA